UUUGAAUGGCUAAAACACAGGUAAAAAUCGUUGUUAUAAACCCGAACUUGCUUUGGGAUCAGACUAAGGGAAGAAGGUUGAAACAUGGGGCUGGGGAUGAUAUUAUAUAUUCAAGGCGGCAUGUGACUGGGAACUGAUCUACUAAGGCAACGAUCUCUGUUGGUACUGGAUUCAAGGGUUUUUGAAAUUUCGAAUUAAACAUCUUUUGAAAGAUGGCUGGAGGAGGUUUUGUUGCCCAAGAUGGUGGGAGGAACUAUGCCGGUCAAAUCACCGCCUUCGUGGUGAUUACCUGUUUGGUUGCUGCAACUGGCGGUCUCAUCUUCGGUUAUGACAUUGGAAUAUCAGGAGGGGUGACUGGAAUGCCAUCAUUCUUGAAGGAGUUCUUCCCAGCAACAUACAAAAAGUCACAUGAUGUUAAUGAAAACGCGUACUGUAAGUACGACAACCAUCUCCUAACAUUGUUCACCUCUUCCCUAUACCUUGCGGCCCUGGUUGCGUCUUUCUUUGCCUCUGUAAUUACGAGGAUUUUUGGCCGGAAAACCUCCAUGUGUUUCGGAGGUCUUGUUUUUCUCGUCGGAGCUCUUCUCAACGGUUUUGCUACCAACAUAAUAAUGCUUAUCGUUGGACGUUUAUUGCUUGGUGUUGGUGUUGGAUUUGCCAAUCAGUCGGUUCCCGUUUACCUCUCGGAAAUGGCACCGGCAAAGAUUAGAGGAGCACUCAACAUUGGAUUUCAAAUGGCCAUUACGAUCGGUAUUGUAGUUGCGAAUCUCGUUAACUAUGGCUCAUCAAAGAUUGAAGGUGGAUGGGGUUGGAGAAUUUCUCUAGGUCUUGCUGCCGUCCCUGCGAUCAUUAUGACCGUUGGAUCUAUCUUCCUACCCGACACUCCCAAUUCCAUUCUCGAGAGGGGUCAUACCGAGAAGUCCAAAAAAAUGUUACAAAGAAUCCGUGGCACAGACGACGUUGAAGAAGAGUUCCAAGACCUUAUCGAUGCUACUGAGGCAGCAAAGAGAGUCGAACAUCCAUGGAGGACAAUCUUGGAACCCAGAUAUAGGCCACAACUCGUCAUGUGCACGCUUAUUCCAUUCUUCCAACAGGUUACCGGCAUCAACGUCAUCAUGUUUUAUGCACCUGUUCUUUUUAUGACUUUGGGUUUCGGUCAAAAAGCUUCACUUAUGUCUGCUGUCAUCACCGGGACUGUUAAUGUUGUUGCCACUGUUGUUUCUAUCUACUCUGUCGACAAGGUUGGAAGAAGGGCACUGUUUCUUGAAGGUGGAGUGCAAAUGAUUCUUUGCCAGAUCGGUGUGGGAACGAUGAUUGGGUUGAAGUUUGGGGUCAGUGGAGAAGCAGUGUUAUCCAGCGGUGAAGCCGAUUUCGUGUUGUUCUUAAUUUGUGCUUAUGUAGCUGCAUUUGCAUGGUCGUGGGGACCAUUGGGGUGGCUUGUUCCCAGCGAAAUCUGUCCUCUAGAGGUCCGAUCAGCAGGACAAGCCAUUAAUGUCUCUGUUAACAUGUUGUUUACCUUUAUCAUUGCUCAAGGUUUCCUCUCCCUGCUUUGCCACAUGAAGUUUGGUCUCUUCUACUUGUUCGCCGGUUUUGUGAUCAUUAUGACUAUUUUCAUUUACUUCUUCCUUCCCGAGACCAAGAAUGUCCCAAUUGAAGAGAUGAACAGAGUGUGGAAAGCACACUGGUUUUGGGGCAAAUACAUUCCUGAUGAUGCUGUCAUUGGUGGCCCUACCUAUUCCUCCAAAAACAAUUCUUCUGCAUAAAAAAGUAGUGAUGAUGAUGAUCAUCAUGAAGAGAAUCAAAUCGAAGUUAAGGAUCAGAGCGCCAGGAUUGAUGAUGAUAUGUUCAUGUCAUGAUCGAUAUUUGCUACUCAUCCAAAGAAUGUAGAAUAAAAUAAAAUUUGUAUUCGAUUUUUAUCUCUUACAUGAUGGAGGAGGUUUAGGGUUCAAGAAUCCGAUCAUGAAUUCUUGAACUUGCAUGCAUAUCUUUAUUGUUUUGAAGAUGAAGUUCAUAGUCAAAACAAAGGUAAAUAUGUAAAUUUAAUUAUUAUAUUUAUUUGUCUUAACAAAACAGAUAGACCAAAUAUCAUAUCAUAUAUAUGUAUGUAUAUGUAUAUAUAUUCGAUCAAAAGUCAUCAUGCAUGAUCUUGAAUAGAAUUUAACUGAUAAUAAAUUUGCUGA